AUGUCAUCGAGCUUGACAUAUAACACUUUCGAAGACUUUCCAGGUCUUUUCCAAUACGAGAACCCGAAUGAGUUGUUUACAUUUGAAGAUGACUUUAUGAUGCCACAACUCCCUGUCCAACUCUCCACAACCACGCUUCUCCCGGAGGGUGAACCACAGCAAUAUACCACCGGUGCUUUUGAGAUGAGCAGCGACUACUCUUCUCAAGAAGAGAGCGUGUCUACUGUGGAAUCCGUGUUACCGCAAACUGCGUUAUUCCCGCCUGCUAGUGCCUGCACCCCACCGCCAGAAAAAGUGGGUGACUUUAUUUCCCGGAGAGAAAGUCUGGACAGCGAGUUUGACUUUAGCUCUCUGGCCCGCGACGGGCUUGUUGUGAUGGACGAGCUGGACUCCUACGAGCCUUCCGAGGCUGUCGACCUUGACGCGAUUGAGUCCAAAACUUACCCACUUGUUCGUGGAAUGAACAGUGGUGGUUCCACGACCAAACCUCCUCCACCCGAUAAGACGGGGCGGUCCCAAUAUCUCAAGUGCAAGCUGUCCAUAGUGGACGGCGAUGAGAAGAGCGUUUGCAUGCCAGCAUGGGACGACAUGGAAAAGCAGGAACAACGCCGAAUUAUCCGAAUCGAGCGCCGCCAGAACCUGAACCAAGUCAUAGUAAGCUUCCAUAUCCUUCCAUCGUCGGAAAGCAAUGAGACCCGUCCGGCCCCUCCUGGAGUGGACGUUGUUGAGGUCUCGUGUCUCGAGUGCCACCAGAACAUGGACUUGUCUGAGGACGACAGCACUACUGUUGUGACUGGAGACGGUUAUGACAACCUGAAUCGUCAGUUCUACAUAACCAGUGUCGAGGUUAUCAAGAUUGUGGAGCUGCUUAUAGGCUGUCAAACCAACAAUCAAAAAGAGCGCCGCGCAGAGAGAGGACGUAUCAGGUCCAAUUUGGUUCCUUUCUGGUCAAAGAAGCCAAUCAGCUCCAAGAAAGUGUCGUCUUCCGAUAACCUAAGCGAUGUUAUUGGAAAGACCAACGCCGACUUGAGAAACGAGCUUGCACAGAGAAUUAUGAGCUAUGAGACCAGAAAACCACGCCGUUUCGACAAAGAGGUUCGUAUCCUCGAAUGGCGUAAACUGGCCCCUGCUCUCCGCCGCGCAUUACAAAGUUAUUACGUCAAGAUACCGUCCGAUGUACUAUAG